GAGAAAGAGGAGAUGGUUGAUUCAUAGCGGCCGACACAUUAAUACUGAUUUUUUAUUUAGCCAGAGGGUGUAUUUGUAUAAUUUAUGGAUCCCUGCCAAAGCAGCACCUACUCUUCCUGGGGUCCAGCAAAAUUAAGGCAGUUUAAUCAGGAAUCAGGGCAGCCUGUUCAGUUGAAAGCCUGCUCAUUCUCUUAACAACAACUCAAUGGAUGGUUAUUGUUAUAAAUCAAUUCCUCAUUCUGAAUACUAACCAGAAUGUAAUGUCGGUGGGAUGUGGAAAAUGUAGUUGGCUAUUGGUUUAAACAGUUUACAUCUGGGUUUAAAGCAUUUAAAGCAAUGGGAAGGACAUAUAAAAAAGAUAACAAUGUGACAAACACAAUGUCCAUUUUAAAGAUAGCUUAAAUACAGAGCACCGUUUCAUUUAAUGACAGAUGAGGAAAACUGACAUUUCGGCAAAAGUUCUCUAAUCUAGAAACCAAUUCAACACACAAAAUUGGUUAUCAUCCCUGGUUACAGGUAAAAAUGAUUAUUCAGUGAUGUAUGACAUGAUAGCCUAUGUGAUGGUGUGAUGCAACUGACUUGUUAAAAUGUCAUGCUUUUUUUUGUCAGUUUAGUGAAAAAUGCAAAUGUUGUACCGAAAAAACGGUGGAGAUGUUGAGGGACUCACCUCGACUAAUGCUGGACACAAACUGACGUAAUACACCCAGGCAAAACCCACUUCAGUGAUGAAAUCAUUCUCAUAAAGUAAUUCUCCUGACCUCAUCCCUGGUCCUGCUGGCAACAACCAUCACAAAAUGUCUUCUUUGGAGAGGAAGCGUGAGAAACACAGCCCUUUCACCCUGAACCCUGACCCUCGGAGGAAGACCAGCGCAGAGAUCGUCACCGAGGCUAGGCACUCUCUGAGGACCCUGCGCACCCAGCGACCUUUUACCCCUCGAGACAACCACAGACAGCUGUUUGGAGAGACCUCUCGAACCCAAGACAGUCGACCUCCCUCUACAUUCAGCCUCUACGCUCGGAACUUUGAAGCGCCAGACUCCAGACCGGGUUCUGGAACUCGCCUGUCACCUCUGGAACAUAAGCCCAGGUUGCCAGUGGCCCAGGAUGAGGACCCAGAUCCCGUCAGCCCCAUGGCCCUCCCCAAACCCCCCUCUGACCCCCUGGAGCUGAAGAGGGGGGCGGUGGGGGCGAGGGCACGCCUUUUUAGAGCUGGCUCUCUGACAGCACUCCCACCUGUGGCACGGCCAACAGAAGUAAGGGAGAGUGUAAAUUCAGUCUCCAGCCCAGAGCAGAGAGAGCUGUCAGCUAAGGGAAGAGGCAGGAGAGCCCUUUAUGUUGAGCCUACUGAUCGAGAGAGGAGAGACAAGGAUAGUGGAGGACCCUCGAAACCUGCCCCACCCAGGACCAACAGUGUAAGUGGACUCAGGUUCCAUGGUGGUGUUGACUCAUCUAUUAGACCAGGCAAAGGAACAGGAGCAGGAGCUGGGGCCGGAACAGAGUUAGGAACAGAGUUAGGCAACGGAGACAGACCAGCCAGCCAGGAGGCUGAGGACGAAUCAGUGGUGUGGAAUGUUAAGAUUUUCCCUCUGUUGCAAGAGCUGGAGUCCAUCGUUGCAGGUGGAUCCGAGGAUGCCGUGGAGCGGCUGUGUGACGCUUGUGACUGUCUCCAUGGCGCCCUGGCAGAACAAGGCAUGCUGGGCCGGCGUUGCAGGAAGAGAGCGUGGCUUCUUAGGGCGCUGUUCUGCCUCAUCGACCUCAAUUCCGCCCAACUCAACCUGCAGCUCGCCAAACUCACCCUUGAGCUGAACGUCAGUGGAAAAAACCUGCUGAACAUCUGUAAACUCAUCUUCAAGAUCAGCCGCAGUGAGAGCAACGAUAUCCUCUUCCAGAACAACUCCAUCAUAGAUUCGCUGCUGUGUGUGCUGCGCUGUGAGGAUGUGUGUGUGUCUGGGGAGGCUGUGUUGUACUGUGUGGGCACUCUGAAGUUCCUCUCAGGGAACUCUGCCCUCCUCAGGCUCCUGUUGGCCAAGGACUGUGUGGGUGUGGCCACCUUGCUCAUACAGAAGCUCCACCCACUGUCCCAACCUGACCACACUCAGUUCACCAUCGGAGGACACAUCCAUGUACAGUUGACAGCAACCCUGAGGAACCUGGCUGACCUCCCCGAGUCCCGCCCCCUUUUCGUCUCCCACGGCACCCUGGCAGAACUGUGCCUGGUGCUGCGCCAUCACCACGGAGACCAGGACAUCUGCACCAACAUUGCCAGGGUGUUCAGUAAACUGUCCUCCUACUCUGAGUGCUGCCUGGUUCUGGCCCAGACCCCGGGCUGCUACACACUAUUUAUAGAACUGUUGAGCAAACACCAGUGGAAACAGGACCUGGUGGUGCGUCUGCUCUUCACUCUAGGUAACCUAACGUCUCGGAGCAGUGAGGCCAGAAAGCACCUCUUCACGGCUGAGGGAUGUAUGUCCGUGCUCCUGGGGCUCUACCACACCUACCACGGGAGGUGGGACCCACCGCCCGCACACACACCCCGCACACCUCCAGCCAGGGACACCUGUAACCCCUGCACCCCUUUCUUGGGAUGGUGGGAGAACAAGGAUGUGCUGGUGAAGCUGGUCAGGGUACUGGCUAAUAUGUCCAUCCACCCUGCAGUGGGACCGACCCUGGCAGCUAACACAGACCUAAUACACUACCUGCUGAACACACUGGAGCUCAGGUCCAUGCAGGAAAGUGAGGAGCUUCUGGUGAACGUGGCUGCCACCAUCAACAACCUGUCCUUUUACCAGGAAGACAGCUCAGUGGUCAGAGACAGAGGACUCACUGUCGCCAAGUUGUUGUUGAAGCUGCUCCUCAGCUCCAGUAUUGAUGGGAUGCUGGAGGCCACGCGUGUGUUUGGCAACCUCACCCAGUCCAGGGAGGUUUGUGACUUCAUCAUACAAAACAACGUGCACCAGUUUAUGGUGACUCUGUUGGACUCUAAGAGCCCAGAGGUAUGUUUCUCAGCCUGUGGGGUCCUCACUAACCUGGCCCUGAACCCCCCCAGCAGAACCACCCUCACACAGGAGGGAGCACACACCAAGCUGGCAGACUGUCUGAGGGACUUUGGGCCAGUGGACUGGCAGCUGGCUGGCCUGGUGUGUCAGACCCUGUGGAACCUCACUGAGGAGGGGGGGAUGGAGACAGGCGCCCCAUCCACAAUGAACAACCAGGAAAGAGAGGCACUGCUAGAGGUCCUAACACCAUACCUAAACGAGGAGGACGCGCUGCAGUGGACCUCUGGUGACGACAUGAGGGACUUCCACCGAUUAUGCUGGGAGUUGGAGUUCCUGCCUGUGGCUAAGAGGCUGAGGGACAGGAUCCAGACUCAGACUGACUAACAUGACUAUCUUCUUACUCUGGUUGUCACGAAUGGCGCCCUGUUACCUAUAUAGUGCACUGAUUUUGACCAGGGUCCAUACUCUGGUCUAAAGUAGUACACUAUAUAACGAAUAAGGUGCCAUUUGAGAUGCACCAUGUCUCACUCCCUAGUGUGACCUCUUUGCAAUGUCCUCUUUCUCCUUGUUGUGCCUUGCUAUACUGACACCUCUCUAAAGUCACUCUAUGCUACUACCACUCUUCAGCUACUACCCCUCUCACUAAUUCUAUGAAUAAGUAUUUAGUUAUAGGCUAUAGGUCUAGAUUUUUUCCUGGUUAAGUCACAUAAUCAUGAAAAACUCCAGGCCCAUACCUAUGACCUACUGAAUGUCUACCUGACAUAUGACAAACUGUUUACACUUUAAAUAACAGAAAUUAUCAUUUUUUAGGUUGUCUUAUGUAUACUGUAAAAUGGUUGUGAUUUUGUCAUAAGCUACUUUUGUUAACAUACGAGUAGAAUUGUAGUUUGUCUCUGUGGUGAUAAAGUAAAUGUUUCUCCUUAUGGCUGGUUAAGACAUUGUUAGGCCUAGAUUUAAUCAGAUCAAGCGUUAACCGGCCAUAUCCGACACCCACGUAGCUGAUGUUUUUGCGGUGUCGGAGGUGAAACUGUGUUGGAGUUGUCAAAUCUGUGAGCAGCUGCUCCUGAUCAAUGUUGCGAAGCCACACCCGUUAGAAGUUCAGAACAAGAAAGUAUAGGCUAUAUAGAACUAAUGACGCAUAAAUUGAUUAAAUUAAAAGAGGAUUUAUAUCCCACAUUCCAGUUUUUGAACUUUAUAUUUACAAGGCUGCAUGGGAUUUCUCUUAAGUCGACUCCGUGUAGCUAAUGGCAAAGUCCACUUCAGGUAUAAUUCCAGGAGACGCUUGUGGAUUUGACAGCUCUAACGCAGUUUCACCUCCGACACUGCCAAAACAACCGCUAUGCUCUCGUGUCUCCCAUUUUUUUAAAUGUUGCAUUACCGCACUUUGAAAUUAACAGCUCUCAGUUGAAUAAAAUAAUGAGGAUGUCAGCUAAAGUGGAUCUGAUCGAAUAGAGCCCUAAAUCUAUGAACCGCUGUACACAAACAACAAAACAGAAAAGUAUUGUAAACAUGCUCCUCAAAGCCUUUAUUGUUACACAAAUAUGGACCAGGCAGUGCUGCUGCAAAGUGACAGCGUUUUCAAAUCACAUUAAGGAAGAAAAAAAACAGCACUUCUGUAAAAACAAACCUCAGUUCCCCACUUCCUUGUCCUACUAUACAAAAUUAAAGCGUUCAGUCACAUCACACAAGACAACCCAAUAACAUUUCAUCAGGCAUAUUCAAUGACAAACAUUGUUCUCCACAUGAUAGAUGUUUGUCUGGGUUGAUAUGAAACAGCUAGCUAGCUGGCUGAUCAUGGUGUUAAGAGCAUCAUUUGUUUAGUCUCAUCCUUUUUCAGAUUGUCAUAGGGAAAUGAGUCAGUCAAAAAUAGAGACAGUUCAGUAGAGACAUACUGCUGGUGAUUGAAUGGACCAAGUCACCCUCUGUCCUUAAUGGGGAAAAAAAUCCCAAAGAUUUAAGUCUAUAGCCAGUCAUGCCAGGGAGUUUUUCCAGUGAGGACAGAAAUGAGCAGAACAAAGCUCAAAGGGUGAUCCUAGAGGGAAUGUCCCCUCAUCUCAUUGCACAUUACAGACAAGUUCAAAUGUUUUAGCACAACAGUUGUGGGACUCCAACUCUGACUCGACCACACAUGGACAAGGAAGGACCAUUUGUGGUUCUGUUUGGGUCGUAACAUUAACACAAGCAAACCACAGUUCAGUGUAGUGUGAAUGGGAGGACCGACUCAACACAGGAAACAAACACAGCUAGGAUUUGGACUCAUAUACACCUAAUUCUUACGCUGUUGUGCGAAACAGUUCAUUGUGUGGGAGCCACUAUUGCAUUAAAGUGUGCAAAAUGUAUCUAAUAGCCAAAUGUUUUCCUAUAUCAUUGGAAACUAAUUGAUGGGAGAGCAGAUGCAUUAUCUGCAAGCUGAACAAUGGACAUGUGCUGUGACUACAAUUUGGUGGGUUUGUUGCAUGAAUGAGUCCAAAUGUACCUGUGUUACGUAAUGAGUGAACAUUUUGAUGCAGCAAAAACAGUUUUAGGGAGAAAACUAGAAAAUAAAAUUAUAUUUAAUUUCUAAUAAAAAGUGUCUGACAGUCAAGUAUGAAACCUCGACUUCCUACCACAACCACCUCCAAAUAAUGUACCAUUCCAUAAUCAUCUUAUCAAAACGAUCAACUGUCUCAACCCACCCUCAGAAGAAUGCAGUACUUUACUUGUUUUCAGUCAACAGAAAUAAAAACAGUGGAUGGGUCUGCCAUCGUCUUU